AUGUCUCAGUUAGCAAGGUAUCUGAUAAGGUCCAGAAGUUUGGGACUUAAACCAUUGACAAGUCAAUUACGUUUCAAUUCGAAUUCUAGUGGAGAAAACACUACUCAUUUUGGUUUCAAAACCGUCAAUAAGGAUGAUAAAGAGAAAUUAGUGGGAGGGGUAUUUUCAUCAGUUGCUUCUAAUUAUGAUAUUAUGAAUGAUGCUAUGUCAAUGGGUGUUCAUAGAUUAUGGAAAUCCCAUUUUAUAAAUCGUUUAGAUGCCGGUAUGAGACCAGGAUCGAAUCGUCCUUUACAAUUUCUUGAUGUUGCUGGUGGUACUGGUGAUAUUGCAUUUGGAUUAUUAGAUCAUGCUGAAAGAAAAUUUAAUGAUGUUAAUUCAACUAUGACGGUGGUUGAUAUUAAUGCUGAUAUGUUAAGAGAAGGUGAAAAAAGAUAUCAAGCUUCGAAAUGGAAUGAUGGAUCUGAUAGAGUUCAAUUCUUAGUUCAAAAUGGUGAACAAUUAGAUCAAAUUGAAGAUAAUUCAAAGGAUGUUUAUACCAUUGCGUUUGGUAUUAGAAACUUCACCAAUAUCCAAGCUGGUUUAAAUGCUGCUUAUAGAGUUUUAAAACCAGGUGGUAUAUUCGCAUGUUUAGAAUUUUCUCAAGUUGAUAAUCCUGCCAUUGAUUAUAUUUAUCAAGCUUAUUCAUUCUCAAUUUUACCUUUAAUGGGUCAAUUAAUCGCUGAUGAUAGAGAUUCUUAUCAAUAUUUAGUUGAAAGUAUUAGAAAAUUCCCCAAACAAGAAGAAUUCAAAUCAAUGAUUGAAAAAGCCGGAUUUUACGUUCCUGAAAAAGGAUAUGAAAAUUUAACCUUUGGUGUUGCUUCAAUCCAUAUUGGUGUUAAACUUUGA